AUGUCAUCAACACAAAACCAGUCUCAAACAUUCAUCGAUGACAAACAAGAAUGCUUAUUAGCAUUACAACUAGCCACAGGCUCGUUGGUUCAUAUGGUCUUCAAAGCUGCAAUCGAGCUAAACCUGCUAGAGAUCAUGGCAAGAGCUGGUCCAGGAAAGCACAUUUCAACUCUAGAGAUAGCAGCUAUGCUCCCUAUAAAGAAUAACCCAGAUGCCCCGGAUAUGCUUGAUCGUAUCUUGCGUCUCUUGGCUAGCUAUUCCAUACUCAGUUCCUCUCAGGUUACGGGGGUGAAGCAUGUUGCAGGGGAUAUGUUUUUGAGUGUUCCAAAAGGGGACAUCAUCUUUAUGAAGACCAUACUUCAUAAUUGGAGCGAUGAGUAUUGCUUAAGUUUAUUGAAGAACUGUUAUGAAGCACUACCAGAAAAUGGGAAGGCGAUUAUUGUAGAGACAAUUCUUCCAAAGACACCCGAGACUAAUUUGCUGGCCAAAUAUGCAUUUGGAUUGGAUUUACUUAUGAUGACACAAUACAUUGGAGGAAAGGAGAGGACUGAGAAGGAAUACAAGGCCUUGGCAAUUGAUGCUGGAUUUGGUGGUGCUACACUCAUCUGUUGUCUUUUUGCCUCUUCUACCAUGGAAUUUUAUAAAUAG